GUCAUUUCAUGCUUAUGUCAAAUCUCAAAUGUCAUUGAUGUCAACCAUCGUUUUGAGAACACGAACACGUGUGGUCAAUUUGAAAUCGUGCAUGGUGAUAGACUAAAUAGAUAAAACUCAACAGUUUUAAGUUAAUAUACACCUUUAUUGAUGACAUAUUAAUACUGCAAGUAAACAUUAUUAUCGUACGUAUACUUAGUUUAACAAAUCAUGGGUCGGAAAGCUAAAUUUGAUGAAACUAAGAAAGUGAAGAAAGGACCCGGCAGGAAAGCACGCAAACAGCCCGACCCUGUAUUCAAAAAAGAACUGCUGGAAGAUGACACUACAGAGAAGAAACUCACUCAUAGACAAAAGCAGAGAGCAGCAAAAAGAGCAAAAAAGAAGGCUGAAUUAGCAGAAAAGAGGAAGGCACUUAAACAAGCAAAGAAAAAUGUUGCAAAACAAAAAGAAGUUACUAUUGAUGAUGAAGGAGAUAACAGUUCCGAUGAAGAGACUCCACAAGGUUUUACAGAUGAUAACAAAGAAUGGUUGAAACCUAAACAAAAAGGCAAACAGAAAGAGAAAAAUAAACCCAAGGCAUACAAGUCGGAGUCGGAAGAAGAAGAUGAUGAUGAUGAAGGUGACAGUGGUAAUGAGGACAAUGAUGAAUCAGAAAUGGAAGUGGAUUCUGAUGAUGAUACAUCAGGAAAGAAGAAAGUUGGUGGUGAAAAGUACAAGGUUGGAACUUUAGAUGAUUUAUUCAAGGACUCAGAUAAUGAAAAUGGAGAUGCAUCAUCAGAAGAUGAAGGAGCAGACAGUGGUGGUAAAUUAGAAUACGAUUCUGACUCAAGUGGUGCAGAAAAAGACAGUGAUGAUGAUGACGACGAUGAUGAUGAUAUGUUGCCCAUAGAGAAGGCCAACAUUAAAUUAAAGAAAAAACAAAAAAUUGACAAACAGUUAGCUGAUGAAGAAAUGCAGUUAAACAUUGCUAAACAAGAUGUAUUUGCUUUCCCAUCUGAAGAGGAACUACAGAAUCCAGCUAGCCUCCAAGAUGUACAUCAAAGAAUUAAGGAUGUUGUUACAGUUUUGGGAGAUUUCAACCGCCUAAAAGAAGACGGCAGAUCACGUUGCGAGUAUACUGACCUGCUUCUAAAAGACCUCUGCACAUAUUACAGUUACAAUGAAUUUUUGAUGGAAGUUCUCAUGCAAAUCUUUCCAGUCCAGGAAUUGGUUGAAUUUUUGGAAGCCAGUGAAACUGCGCGGCCUGUGACUAUCAGAACUAACAGCUUGAAGACUAGAAGGCGAGACUUAGCUCAAGCUCUCAUCAACAGAGGUGUCAAUUUAGAUCCUGUGGGUAAAUGGAGUAAAGUCGGUCUGGUUGUGUACAGCUCUACAGUACCCAUUGGUGCAACUCCUGAGUAUUUGGCUGGCCACUACAUCUUGCAAGGUGCAUCUAGUUUCUUACCUGUAAUGGCUUUAGCACCUCAGGAAAAUGAAAGGAUUUUGGAUAUGUGUGCUGCACCAGGUGGAAAAGCAUCUCAUAUUGCAGCUAUUAUGAAGAAUACUGGUACAUUAUUUGCUAAUGACGCUAAUAAGGAAAGAACGAAAGCUAUUGUUGGUAACUUCCACAGGCUGGGAGUAGUGAAUGCUGUUAUUUGUAACCAUGAUGGUAGAGAGUUCCCUGAUGUAAUGAAAGGCUUUGACAGGGUGUUGCUGGAUGCUCCCUGCACUGGUACUGGAGUUAUCGCCAAGGACCCUAGUGUGAAGACAACUAAAGACCAGAAGGAUAUCCAGAGAUGCUUCAAUAUUCAGAGGCAAUUGCUCCUUGCUGCUAUUGACUGUUGCAGUGCCAAGUCUAGUACUGGUGGCUAUAUUGUAUACUCAACUUGUUCUAUUCUGCCAGAAGAAAAUGAAUGGGUAGUCAACUAUGCACUGAAACGCAGAAAUGUGAAACUGGUGCCCACUGGACUGGACUUUGGUACUGAAGGUUUUGUGAAAUACAGGCAUCAUAGGUUCCAUCCCUCAUUGAAGCUAACUAGAAGAUUUUAUCCUCACACUCAUAAUAUGGAUGGUUUCUUUGUGGCAAAGUUAAAGAAAUUCUCCAAUGUAAUUCCGGAACCUUUCAAAGAUGAAGAUGAUGAGGAAAUUGAUGGUAAAUCAACGGAAAAGGCUACAGAAAAUGACGAUGUUGAUUCAGAUGAAGAAAAAACUCAAUCGGAAAACAAGAAACAGGGUCCUGUGAAACGACCUGCUCCAGCAGAUAGCGCUCAACCACAACAGAAGAAAGCUAAACCUAAUGUACAAGCUAAACCGAAUUUACAAGCAAAACCUAAUGUUCAAGCGAAAACUAAUGUACAAGGGAAACCUAGUGUACCAGCUAAAUCAAAAGUACAACCUAAGCCCAAAGCAGGAGCCAAACCUGCUCCGCCAAACAAAGUACAAGUCGAUAAGGCCCAGCCCACAGAAAACAGUAGCAAAAAGAAUAAGAAAAAUCGUAAGAACAAAAAUAAGCCGAAUGUAGUAAACACAGAUCAAGCGAAAGGCCCCAACACUAGCAGUAAUUCCGUAAAUCAGUCACCGAACUUACAAGGGAAGAAAAAAAAUAAAAAUAAAAACAAAAACAAAACAACCAAUAAAUAAUUUACUAUAAUUAUAGUAGAUGUAAGAAUAAUGUUAAACUUUAUUCAGAAUAAACUGAAGUUUUAUUUCGAAAGUA